AUGGAUUCCGUCGAACGAGAGCUCUGGGAGGCAGAGCGCGAUGCCUCGGCUGGCCACUACCGGCGCGCCAGCAACGAAAUCGAACGGGCGAUAACAGCGUCGUCUGCCUCGUCGUCUUCGGAUCGCGACAGCAUCUACCGCCGCCGAACUAACAUGAGUCGCGUAUCAACGCAAAACGAUCUGGAGCGUCACUCCACGGCUCUCAGCCGCAUUGCCACACAGAGAAGCCAGCACGUUAACACCGUUGGAGGCUCAAUCCGCUCAGAGAGUAGAGCUUCUCGAAGGCCUCUGCCAGCCUUUGGUGGCGGCAAGCCGUACCCCCCUUUGCUGCCCGCCCAAGAAGAAUAUGUUGUCGAGUUCGACGGACCCCACGAUCCUCUACAUGCUCAGAAUUGGCCGACAAGAAAGAAGCUCCUCACGUCUGCCAUGCUGGCCUAUACGACAGUCGUCGCUACCUUUACAUCUUCCAUCUUCUCUUCUGCGACAUCCACCGUGGCCAAGAAGUUCGAUGUUGGCCUCGAGGUUGGCGUUUUGGGCACUUCGUUUUACGUUUUGGGUUUCGCAUUCGGUCCCUCGCUGUGGGCGCCGUUGUCUGAAUUGAAGGGCCGUCGUCUGCCCAUUGUCCUCUCCAUCUUUGGUUUCUCCCUCUUCACCAUUGCGACGGCCACUGCCAAAGAUAUUCAGACGAUCCUCAUUUGUCGUUUCUUCGCUGGCUUCUUCGGCUCCUGCCCGCUGGCUGUCGUUGCCGCCGUCUUCUCCGACAUGUUUGACAAUAGGAAUAGAGGAACAGCCAUUGCUAUUUUUUCCAUGACCGUUUUCACUGGCCCCAUGUUGGCGCCCUUUAUCGGCGGCUUCAUUGUUACGUCCUAUCUGGGGUGGCGCUGGACCGAGUAUCUCUGUGCUAUCAUGGGAUUCGCCGCUUUUAUUCUCGACUUGUUCUUUCUCGAGGAGUCUUAUCCACCAGUCAUCCUCGUUAGUAAGGCGGCUGAGCUGCGACGAAGAACUAAGAACUGGGGCAUCCACGCCAAGCAGGAAGAAAUCGAAAUCGACUUUCGCGAACUCGUCAGCAAGAAUUUCCUCCGUCCGAUACGCCUUCUGUUCACCGAACCCAUCAUCUUUCUUCUCUCUCUUUACAUGAGUUUUAUUUACGGGCUGCUCUAUCUAUUUUUCACUGCGUACCCUCUUGUUUUCCAAGGUGUUCAUGGAUUUACCCCGGGCAUUUCUGGUUUGACUUUCUUUGGAUUGGUCAUUGGUGAGCUUCUUGCCACCUUUACCAUUAUUGCUCAGGUGCCAUGGUACAAUCGCAAACUCGCUGCAAACAAUGGCAUGCCAAUUCCCGAGUGGCGAUUGCCCAACAUGAUGGUUGGUGGUAUUGCCUUUGCCGGCGGCAUCUUUUGGUUUGGAUGGACUGGAUUCUCAGCAGAUAUCCAUUGGGCAGCCCCUGCUGUCAGCGGAAUUCUCACGGGCUUUGGCCUCAUGUCGAUUUUCCUCCAGGCCCUCAACUACAUUGUCGACGCUUACCUCAUGUUUGCCGCUUCAGCCCUUGCCGGAAACACCCUGAUGCGAUCUCUGUUUGGAGCUGCUUUCCCGCUUUUUGGACGUCAAAUGUUCCUUGGUAUGCACAUUCAGUGGGCUAGCACCCUCCUCGGCUGCGUGGCCAUUGUCCUGGCCCCUAUCCCGUUCAUUUUCUACAAAUACGGUGCCAAGAUUCGAGCAAAGAGCAAGAUUGCCCCCGUCUUUUCCGCCCCAGCUGAAGAACUUGAAUCUUCUGAUACCAACGUGGACGAGAACGAAGAGGUGCAGAGAGAGAAGGAAGAAGAGCACAACGCAGCAGCAUUGGCCAAUGCGCCAAGGAAGGAGAGCGAGGUUGGCGGUCCCGUUGAGACUGUAUAA